GCUUAACAUAAAAUAAAUAUAACCUUAUUUUAUGAAUGACUUUUAUUGAGAAAAAUAAAACGAAUGCUCGAUAUAUUUACAAUAUUUGUCACAGUUGUUUGUAGAAAAAAAUGAAACAGGCCAACAAUAGCUUUUAUGCUUUGUGAAUAAGUUUUAGAUUUGUUGAAAAUCUUUUAGAGCCAUAAAUCAUGUCAGACGAAGAAGUUAUAAGAAGGCGGUUGUUAGUAGAUGGUGAUGGAACUGGCGAUGACAGAAGACUGAAUAUAUUGUUUAAGACAAUGCUGAAAUGGUGUAACUCUACAGAGGACAUGGAAGAAAGUUAUGCUACGCAUGACAAAAUGCUGGCACUGCUCACACAAUGUGAAUAUGCUGUGACAAAGUCACAAUUAUCAGCUGAAAUGACUGCUUUAGAAUUGCGUCAAUAUGAAACUAUGUCAGCUGCUAUAGAAAAGGGUGUUAUUGAUGCUCGAUCACAUAUAGAAAGUAGUAAAGAAGAACUAAGGGUUGCUAAAACUAUUAGAAGUAAUCGAAUGCAAUACGAUUCCCUGGCUCGAAUCAUUGCAGAACAUCCAGAUAGACAAGCUACUCAAGAACAACUAGAUAAGCUCUAUUCCGAAAUCGAUACAUUGAAUAAAAAAUAUAAAACCUUUCAAGAAAGGCUUGAUGAGAGGAAAAAAGAAUUCAAUGUAUUUGUUACAUCUAUGCAUGAGUUAUUGGCAAUGCUGGAUAGUUCGGAUAGUACACCAGACAAUGAUUUGAGUUUGGAAGGAUUUGAAGAUGUAAUCGAUAUGGAUCGUUAUGGUGAUAUGGAUGAUUCAAAAAUGGAUGAAUGAUCUUUACACAUUUAUACUUACAAGGAAUAAAGUAUUCGCCUCUAAA